AUGGGGUCUAUAGACUUGCAGCCGAUAAACAGCACGGCCUCUUUGUCGGAUAACGUUGAGUUGAAGAACUACUAUGAGAACCUGCUGUUCAAGAACGGCAGUGGGAAAUCGUUGACCGAUUUGCCCAGGAAACUGAACGGGGCAGCGAAGAAUGACGGCGCGGAGACAACACCCUUGAGAAGUGUCGAUUUUAUCAGUGGGUUUGAAAGACGCGGGAGUAGCAGUGCCGCGGGGGAUACCCACAACGUGUUCAGUAACUUCCCCAGCUCGUUGAAUCAAGGUGACUACAGCAGCAAGCUGGGGAGCACCCCUAGAAGGCAGUCGAUAUUCAACACGGCGCCAAUCCAGGAAAACGUCGAGUCCUCUUACGUCUCGCAGAACCCGUCCGCACAACCCAUGGCAAUGAGUCCGCCAUUGGGGUUCGGGUCAGCGAGCUUGUUCGCCGCGGAGAGAAGGUCGUCUUAUAUCUCAGAUGCACUGAUCCACGGGAACAACGAGGGACCCACAAGUCCAAACACGUCGGUGACAAGUUUCUCUCCACCAGCGUACACGGGGAUGUUCAACCCCUUGUACACAGGUAACAACUCCACUGGGUACCUACAACAACCGGCAAACCCGUACAGCACCGUAAGGGGCAACACCACCACCACGGCCCCAACUAAUAAUAACAAUAACUCACAGUACGGGUACUUGAACUAUGUCAGUGGUGGUGGCGCGGUCUCCCUGUCGCCACCGCAACAACAACAGCAGCAGCAACGGAACUUGUCCCUCCCAGCUGCGCAACAAGAACACUCGUUUGCAAACAACGGGUUGCGUGUUCUGCCAGGUAAUAAAGUUAGCUCCUCGAAGGAGUUAAGGGAGCUGUAUAGGGACUCCGGCAAUAACUACUUCUCCAGCCAGCAAGUGUACAGUUUUGUCGAUGGAGUCAAUGGGGUACUCUCAGGGACAGCGAAACGGACAGACCCGUUGACCAAAAGGAUGACCAAUUUCCUCAACUUCUUGAAGAGUUCUAACCUCAAUUACAACCCGCAGUCCGACGCGUUCAUUUCGAAGAAGAACAGAAGGUCCAGUGUUCCAUGCACAUCUUCGUCGAACAACGCAAACACAUCCGCGUACUUACAUUACAAACCACUCGCUUUGGUGUCCCUAAAGAACGGGAAACUGGAGUUGCUGUCAACGGCACAGAAUUCCAAUAUGCAGAUGUGUCGGGGUGAUCUCGUGAUCAUCGACGGGGACAGGGGUAAAGAUCUUGCCCUUGUGGUGGAUCCCAGUAUCAAUUUGAACCUUGCCCUGAUGGUCAACUUUUUGAAGAAGAAGAUCCAUUUUGACUCCUUGAUAACGAACAGAAGACAGCACUACCCUAACGAGAAGUUCAUCAAGGCUCUUAUGGACUCUACAAACGGUAUCGCGGACGAGUUGAACCCGAAAUUGUACGACGUUAUCGAAUUGUUACAACUGGUGAUCCCCUCCAAGCAGGUUCUAAGGUUUGCUACCCCUUUCGAGGUAAGUAGCAACUUGCACAGCAAGUUUCAGGAUGAGUUGAAGGCACUGCACAUUGCACAAUUGAAACUGAAGUCCCUGAACAGCGGGCUGAUGCAGCACGACCCAUUGUUAGGCGGUUCCAAACUGAACAUUAAGAUUUUGAACGCUGAAUUCCAAUUCGACCGCAAGAAACUCACUUUCUACUACAUCUGUGAGGAGAGGAACGAUUUCAGGGAGUUGAUCAAAGAACUGUUCAAGUUCUACAAGACACGGAUAUGGCUGUGCGCCAUACCGAACAACCUCGACGUGGACGGGAAGUACUACGAUAACCAGCAGCUGGAAUUGAAGAUGUACCAGGACAUGAUGGCGCACUACGUGACUGACGAUUUGAACGACAUGAACCUUCAACAACAACAGUACCAGCAGGAGCAUGGUGGUCAGAUUGGCGGGUUCAUUGUUGCUCCACCUUUGAACAAGUUGAAACUGGACAACUUCCAACUGGGUGUGUACAAGGAACUUGUGACCAAGUUGUUUUCGUGA